AUGUUCGGUGGCGCUGUUUUUCCGGCCGGAGGCCCCGCAAGAUGUCCACUCCAGUGUUUCCGUCACCUAUCGCCUAGAGAAUCGCGCUAUCUGGUAACAGCAACCCUUCGGCUUCCGACUCUUUGUUCACUGAUAUCUCCGCACAACAGGAUGAGUAGCCUAUUGCAAAUCAUAGACCUGCACAACCCUGUCGAGUUCGACGAGCUCCUUCAUCAACGAGAUCUCUGUGGCUGGGACAAGAUGGCAUCGGAUAUCGAGGCUUGGCGAACAGCCAUGGAUGCCGGAACCAGAGCAAUGUUCUGGAUUGUCCCGCCGUCUCUUGCCCACCUCCCCCUUCCAGACCGGUGCGCAGGACAUAUUGCUUUGGUCAGCGAGAUGAGCCCCCCUAACGAGGAGCUCGCCCGACCGGACAAGUCUAUCCUUUAUAUCUCGUCACUCUUCAUCCGACCCGAGCACCGCGGAGGGCUUGGCCGAAAAGCGGUUCAGGCGCUUGAAUCUUGGGCAAAAGUGCCCCCCUACGGCUCACCUCAUUGCGAAGCAAUAACCCUGACUGCUUUGGACCGACGAUACACCGAGGAUGACUCGGAAGAAUGGGGUGGCGUGUGGGCCAGAUUUGGUCAACAAGCACCAAAGAAAGGAAGCAGCACUGAAGAUUGGUAUGCCAGGAUGGGCUAUGUGAAGUGGAAGAGCCAGCCUAUGUUCGACGAGCAGUUCCUCGAUGGCACCAAGGUCAAGUUGGUUGCUGCUUUUCUGCGAAAGACUUUGAGGGAAUAA